CUUUUUUCUCAUUGCCCAUUUAUGUGUGUUUUGCCCCAACCCUCACCAGAAUUUUUCCUCCCGAAGCCCAGCCUACACCCAGCAGCUUCUUCCCAUUAAAAACAAGGUGAAACUUAGCUUUUCCUUCCUUCUCCGAGCAAGAUUUAGAGAUUUAUGAGUUUAUGAUUCUCAAAAUCAAGAUUCAAAUUGCUGCUUCCCCAAAUUUUCUAGUCCAUGUCAGGUUCUAAAUCACCUCAAGCGCCUUGAGUUUUUGAAUUCCUUACUUGUUGUAUACCUACAAGGCGAGGUAAGUAAAAUUAUGGUAAAUGCCCUUAGAUUUUAAGUUUUGCCUCCAAUAUGGUCAUGAAUUCUAUUAUCCUACCAGUGGGAGUUAAACAUUGGCACAUGUCAACAUGUAAUUCUGUAGAGUCGGUUCAUCCAGCCAAUGGUAGAGUACACUGGUAUUUCUAUUAUCUAGCCAGUAGGGAGAGUACACUAGUCAUGACUAAUUGAGGGGACCACUACUGAGUUUUACUCUGCAUUAAUGAUUUAUAAUUGAGAUUUUCUUCCUAUUUAAAAUUUAAAUGUUUACUUGGCAUGCUUUAAAUUUCAAUGAGGGCUAUCCAUAUUUUUACUUACUGAGUUAUCUCACAUAGUUUUUCCUCGUCCACCAUUUCAGGUAGUGAGACCCGAGACAUGGGAAAUCGAAGGGAGUGACAAGCUAGAAGGCUAGCCAUUUGUAUUCUGGACAUAGAUUUUGAGAUAUAGAUCAUUCUUUUGUAAACUAAAUCUUGAUCUAAGUU